AUUGAAAAAAACAGUCAUUCAAUUUGAUGGCUGAGAUGGUUUUAAUUGCCCCACUUAGAGUUCAUUUUCAGUGGUAGGUCCUGUCCACAUUCUGCCCCUUGUGUUCCAUUUGAGCCCAACAUCCCCACUGGGUUGGAACCCAAGCCUGUUCCACCCUGACCAGUUCUUGUCCAACAGAAAAUAUAGCGGAGACCUUGGCCCACAGUACCAAGCCCUUGCUGGCCUCCUGUAUUUGCUGCUGGCUUGUGUCCUUGGCUGAAGCCCUGUGCCUCCUCUUCUGUAGUCUGCUGGUGACCAGUGGUUAUCAUGGCUUCCAGUGCUCUCUACUCAGAAGCUCUCCCACCCCUCAUCAGCGAUUUCCUUAGUCUGACAGCGUAACCUUCGGCCACUUUGUGCAUCCUUGACUUUAUCCACCUAUUAUCUCUCUGUUCCAAAUCAGAGCUGUCUCCUGUUACUAGCAGAGCAAGGCCCUCUCUCCUUUGAGUCUGAAGUUUAUUCCUUGCUUCCAGCUCAAAACCACUCUCUCGGAGCCAUCUUGAUCCCAUCUCAGGCUUCUCUAGGUGUUCCGUUCUCGUCUUUAACCAUUGUACCUUCUCAGAUGGCAUUUUAGGCUCCUUGGAAAAAUUCUUGUGAUGUCUUUUGUCCACUGUGAAUAAAAUAAUCUUUUGACUGCUCAACACUGUGGUUCAAUCUGUAUGAAUCAUCUGUGUCUUCUCUAGUAUGUUCAUGCUCAUGUUCUCCAAAGCCCCCUUCCUCUUCUCUUGUUUUUCUCUUUCCAGCUCUUCAUGUGUAUCUCCCAGAGAUGUCAUCAAAGACGACUGAAUUGUUUAUCUAUCUGAUUAUAUGGAAAUCAUGAGAGAAUAAAUCUGAAACUGUCAGAAUUUUUUCCUGAUUCAUAAGCUUUUAAAAGUACAAUUUUAAUUUUGAAAUAGGUGAUACUUUUACUUGGAUCAAAAGUUGAAACAAUAAAAAUAUGUACAGAGAAGUCUUGCUCCCAUCAUUCCCCUUUUGCUGGCAAAUCUAGAGUUUUAUGGUCUUUUUUCCCGACGUAAAUAUCUGAAGAGCACUAAAUUAAAUAAUCCAGUAAUUAAAAGUACUUAGUGUUGAUGAAUACAUUAUGCUGUUAGAGACUCUGAACAAGUACGUCUACUUGUGAGUUAUAGCUAUUCCCCACUCUAUGCCCUCCCCCCAUAUAUGUGCAUCAUUUUAAGUGAUAACAGGAACUCCUUAUGCUAGAAUAAAAAUAAAGUUUGUAGGAGGUAAUCUUGAAAUUAAACCAAAGAACUUAUAUCAACUUAUAUUUUAAAUAGUUUCUAAAAUCAAAGAUUAAUCUAUGUAUGUUUCAUGAAGUUAUUUAUAUUUUAUUUUCACAAAAUUUAGUAAAUUUUACAAGGAGUAUAUCCUAGAGCAAAUCAUUAUUUUGUGUGUAGCUAUUACAACUUUGUGUCAUAUUUGGGGUUGUCAACAAAUGAAAUUUACGUAGGAAAAACCGAAGCUAAUAAUAGUACUCAAAAUAAACAUUAGCUACCAUAUCUUCACUUGAACUUUUUGAUAGGAGGGUCCUAACUUGCUGAUGAAACUAACUGUGUGCGUAUGUCUUUUUCUUCCAGAUUUGGAAUGGAGAGAAAUGGAAGGAGAUGAUGAUGGUCCCAAUGAGGCUCAGGACAGUGACUUUCCAACAGUGGAGAGGAGCAGACUACAAGAAAUGCUGUCCCUCCUGGGACUAGAGACGUACCAGGCACAGAAACUCAGCCUCCAGGACUCCCUGCAGAUCAGUAGUGAUAGCAUGAAGAACUGGGCUCCACAGGCUCCCAAAGACUUGCCCUGGAAUUUCCUCAGGAAGCUGCAGGCCCUCAACGCCGAAGCCAGGAACACCACCAUGGUGCUGGACGUACCCCCGGACACCAGGCCUGCGGAGAAGGAGAGCCAGGUGGAAGAGGAGAUCAUCUACUGGGACACGGCCGACGACAUCUCUGCGGACAUCUAUUCCUUCUCCGAGCUGCCAACACCCGAUACGCCUGUGAACCCCUUAGACCUUCUCUGUGCCCUUCUGCUUUCCUCAGAUAGUUUCCUGCAACAAGAAAUCGUGCUAAAAAUGUCCCUCUGCCAGUUUGCACUCCCUCUCGUUUUGCCCGACCCAGAAAACCACUACCACACGUUUCUGCUGUGGGCCAUGAGGGGGACUGUGCGGACAUGGGGGUCACAGCCCCCAAGGGCGGUGGGCAGCUUCAGAGAAGACAGCGUGGUCCUGUCCCGAGCGCCCGCCUUCGCCUUUGUGCGCAUGGAGGUCAGCAGCAACUCCAAGUCCCAGCUUCUCAACGCCGUGCUCAGCCCUGGCCACAGGCAGCGGGACUGUUUCUGGCAUCGGGAUCUGAACUUGGGCACCAACCCUCGGGAGAUUGCAGACGGGCUGGUGGAAAUUUCCUGGUUUCUUCCCAGUGGCAGGGAGGACUUGGACAUUUUCCCGGAGCCCGUGGCCUUUCUGAACCUGAGAGGUGACAUCGGCUCUCACUGGCUGCAGUUUAAGCUCUUGACAGAAAUCUCCUCGGCCGUGUUCAUCUUGACUGACAACAUCAGUAAGAAGGAAUACAAACUGCUGUACUCCAUGAAGGGGUCGGCCACGAAAUACUACUUCAUCCUGAGCCCCUACCGCGGGAAACGGAACACAAACCUGCGUUUUCUGAACAGGUUAAUCCCUGUGCUGAAGAUGGACCCCUCGCACGUCCUGGUGAAGGUCAGCAGCACGGACAGUGCGGGCUUCGUGCGCCGGAUCCGCGCCAUCGUGGCGCACGUGACCCGGGCCCCCUGCAGGAGGGUAUCCGUGGAGGACAUGGCGCAUGCGGCCCGCAAGCUGGGGCUGAAGGUCGAUGAGGACUGCGACGAGUGCCAGCGGGCGAAGGACCGGAUGGAGCAGAUCACCAGGAAGAUCAAGGACUCGGACGCCUACCGCCGGGCCGAGCUGCGGCUGCAGGGGGACCCUUGGAGAAAGGCGGCCCAGGUGGAGAGGGAGCUCUGCCAGGCCCAGUGGGCUGGGGACCCUCCUGAGAGGUGCAGGGCUGAGCUGAGGCAUCGGCUGCUGGAACUUCGAACGCAGCAGAAUGGCCACGAUCCUGCCUGGGGGCUUCAGGAGUUCAUCUCGGGCAUCAGCAGCCCCUCUCUGGGCGAGAAGCAGUACUUCCUGAGGUGGAUGGAGUGGGGACUGGCCCGGGCGGCCCAGCCAAGGCCGAGAGCGUCUCCGGAGACGAUGCUUACCCUGAGAGCAAAGCACCGUGGGGCCGUGGACUUCAGCGAGCCCCUCUGGCCGGAGCCCCUGGGGGUGGAACACUUCCUGCGGGAGAUGGGGCAGUUCUACGAGGCCGAAAGCUGUCUCGUGGAGGCCGGGAAGCUGCCGGCGGGGCAGAGGCGGUUCGCGCACUUCCCAGGCUUGGCCUUGGAACUGCUGCUGAAGGGGCUCCCCCUGGAGCUGAUCGACGGGAACACCCUGAGCACCCCCCUGCGCUGGGUCACGGGGCUCCUGAAGGAGCUGCACGUCCGCCUGGAGAGGAGGUCGCGCCUGGUCGUCCUGUCGGUGCUCGGCGUGCCGGGCACAGGCAAGUCCACCCUCCUCAACACCAUGUUUGGGCUGCGGUUUGCCACGGGAAGGGGCCGUGGUCCUCGAGGGGCCUUCAUGCAGCUCCUGACGGUGGCCGAGAGCUUCAGCCAGGACCUGGGCUGUGACCACAUCCUGGUAAUCCACUCCGGGGGCUUGAUAGGCGGAGUCCUGACCGAGGCAGGGGAGAGGUUUGAGCAAGAGGCUUCCCUGGCCACGUUGAUUAUGGGGCUGAGCAAUGUCACUGUGGUCAGUUUAGCUGAAACGAGGGACAUUCCGCCGGCUAUUCUGCAUGCGUUUCUGAGGCUGGAGAAAACAGGGCACAUGCCCAACUAUCAGUUUGUGUACCAGAGCCUGCAGGAUGCGUCUGCCCCCGGCUCCAAGCCGAGAGAGAGGAAGCAGCUCCUGGACGAGCCCAGGGAUGCGAGCAGAGCCACGGUGCAAAUGGAGCAUCAGGGUGGCGGGAUCCGGACGCUGGCUGGCCUGGCCUUUUGUGACCCUGAGAAGCAGCACAUUUGGCACAUCCCCGGCCUGUGGCAUGGAGUGCCCCCCAUGGCCGCUGUGAGCUUGGGGUACAGUGAGGCCAUUUUUGAACUGAAGAGAUGCCUGCUGGAAAACAUCCGGAAUGGCCUGUCCAACCAAAACAAGAACAUUCAGCAGCUCAUCGAGCUGGUACGACGGCUGUGAAGCAUCGAAAGAAAAGGAGUCCAGCUGCCAGAGGCCCGCCGCGAGCAGCCUGUUCUGAUGGGGGUGUCCACGUGGGGCUGUGCCCAGCUCCUGAGAGGGGAGCCAAGUGACGGACGGGGCCCAGGUCUGGAGUGGCCUACGCAGUGUCAGGGAAGGAUGUGACCUCACAGAUCAGCUCAGAGAUGCUCUCGGGAGUAUAAGAAGCCUGGGGCAGGAGGGGUAGACACAAGCAGUAACUUGUCCUUUGUCUCUGAACUUCGAGGCCCCUGGUGGCUUGGCCUUUCGUACAGCUGCUCCCCGUUCUCUGCCUCUGGAGUGGAGAGUGGCUCCUGAGCGCUGCAGCCCGGGCAGCUGGUGCCGGGGACAGGGUUGGGGCGCUGCCCUGAGGAGGCAGAGGUCGGCCUUCCCUCCAGCGAGCCUCAGCAUCGGCCUCGGUGACCUGGUCCUGCCCGCUGAGGAAAGGGCCCGCCGUGGGCAGGGGCUACUGUGCUACUCAGUGUUGACCGACCCUGCCUCGGGGGGGGUUCCUGUUGGCUCUCGUGCGCCCACAGCGCUCCGUUCACACCUCUGUCGCAACACUCAGCACGCGCAGCGUGACUUACCUGUACACGUGUCUGCCUCUCCCCUAGACCUGUGAGCUCCUUGAGAGCAGGGGCUGUACACUACCCAACUUUGUACCCCCAGGGCCUGGCACACCGCAGGCACUUAAUAAAUGUGUGUUGAAUGAAUGAAACUA